AUGCCGCCCCCGUGCCCUUCGCCUCGGGGAGACCGCCGCCAGCCGUCCCGAGGCUCGACACCUACCCGCACGCUUACCCAUCACACCCACGUCCCUCCAACCCCUGAGGUGAAAGAGCAGAGGUGGCUGCGACACGGGGCUGUGAAGCGCAACAACGUGAGCGAUGAGAGAAGCCCGCGGACGCAUGGUGUCCGGACCGGGAGGGCCCAGAAGACGAGAGGUGCCGGGGGAGGGAAGUCCCUCCCCCCCGUGCCCUCCGCGCUCGUCUAUUUCUUUUUGGAGCCUCCCGCUCCUUCCGCAGCCUUCCUGGCCUCAGCUACGCACGCAUCGUCAGCAUCUCACGCUCUCAUCAUCGGGGACGCCCGCCUCAUCGGCCCCUCUUCGAAGAACCCGCCUCGCGACAGACCGGCAGAGAAGCGGGACCCGACGGGCGGUGGACAAAAGGAAGAAAACAAGGGACUCACCGGCAGCCUGCUUCUGCCGCAUGAUCUCGGCGGCGGACUCCUUGGCGCGCUGCAUCUCGGUGCCGCUCAUGGUGUUUCCCUUCUUCUACGCGUCCCGAUCGGGCGUCAGCAUCCGUUCUCACUUCAUCUCAAGCAGCUGUGCGCGUUUGCGCCAUGA